UGGAGCCCGCACUAGGCGGGUGUCCGCUCCGCGCUGGCCAGCCACCUCCUGCACUGGCCAUGGACUGCUACACCGCGAACUGGAACCCGCUCGGGGACUCUGCCUUUUACCGGCACUACUCACUCAAUCCCUCUAAAACUGAGUUCAUUAUCAACAGGCGUUGAGCUGGACCCCUGGAUAUAAAACCCAUAACCAGACUCCAGGAAAUAUGAGCUGUAUAGCAUGGACUGGGACCUGAAGGAAGAACUCAGGGACUGCCUGGUGGCCGCUGCACCCUAUGGGGGCCCCAUUGCACUGCUGAGGAACCCCUGGCGGAAGGAGAAGGCUGCCAGCGUGCGGCCGGUGCUCGAGAUCUACUCGGCUUCCGGCAUGCCUCUGGCCAGUCUGAUGUGGAAGAGCGGGCCCGUGGUGUCCCUGGGCUGGUCGGCUGAGGAGGAGCUGCUCUGCGUGCAGGAGGACGGCGUCGUGCUGGUGUACGGGCUUCACGGUGACUUCCGGAGACACUUCAGCAUGGGCAACGAGGUGCUCCAGAACCGGGUUCUAGAUGCCCGCAUCUUCCAUACCGAGCUUGGUUCUGGGGUGGCCAUCCUCACAGGGGCCCACCGCUUCACCCUCAGCGCCAACGUGAGCGACCUCAAACUCCGCCGGAUGCCAGAGGUGCCAGGUCUGCAGAGUGCACCCUCGUGCUGGACCACGCUGUGCCGGGACCGAGUGGCACACAUUCUUCUGGCCGUGGGACCUGAUCUUUACCUCCUGGACCACGCGACCUGCUCCCCAGUGACACUCCCCGGCCUGGCCCCAGGAGUGAGCAGCUUCCUGCAGAUGGCUGUCUCCUUCACCAGCCGGCAUCUGGCGCUCUUCACAGACACAGGCUACAUCUGGAUGGGCACGGCAUCCUUCAAGGAGAAGCUGUGUGAGUUCAACUGCAACAUCCGGGCCCCCCCGAAACAGAUGGUCUGGUGCAGCCGUCCUCGCAGCAAGGAGAGGGCUGUUGUGGUGGCCUGGGAGAGGCGGCUCAUGGUGGUGGGUGACACACCUGAGAGCAUCCAGUUUGUGCUGGACGAGGACUCCUACCUGGUGCCUGAGCUGGAUGGAGUCCGCAUCUUCUCCCGCACCACCCACGAGUUCUUGCACGAGGUUCCAGUGGCCAGUGAGGAGAUCUUUAAAAUCGCCUCGAUGGCCCCCGGAGCGCUGCUGCUGGAGGCCCAGAAGGAGUAUGAGAAAGAGAGCCAGAAGGCGGAUGAGUACCUGCGGGAGAUCCAGGAGCUGGGGCAGCUGCCCCAGGCUGUGCAGCAGUGCAUCGAGGCUGCAGGACAUGAGCACUGGCCAGACAUGCAGAAGAGUCUGCUCAGGGCGGCCUCCUUCGGAAAGUGUUUCCUGGACAGGUUUCCACCCGACAGCUUCGUGCGCAUGUGUCAGGAUCUUCGUAUACUCAAUGCCAUCCGGGACUAUCACAUCGGGAUCCCCCUUACCUAUAGCCAAUACAAGCAACUCACCAUCCAGGUGCUGCUGGACAGGCUUGUAUUGCGGAGGCUUUACCCCCUGGCCAUUCAGAUCUGUGAGUACCUGCGGCUUCCUGAGGUGCAGGGCGUCAGCAGGAUCCUGGCCCACUGGGCCUGCUACAAGGUACAACAGAAGGAUGUGUCUGAUGAGGAUGUUGCUCGGGCCAUUAACCAAAAGCUGGGAGACACGCCUGGCGUCUCUUACUCUGACAUUGCUGCACGAGCCUAUGGCUGUGGCCGCACGGAGCUGGCUAUCAAGCUGCUGGAGUAUGAGCCACGCUCUGGGGAGCAGGUACCCCUUCUCCUAAAGAUGAAGAGGAGCAAACUGGCACUAAGCAAGGCCAUCGAGAGCGGGGACACUGACCUGGUGUUCACGGUGCUGCUGCACCUGAAGAAUGAGCUGAACCGAGGAGACUUUUUCAUGACACUUAGGAAUCAGCCCAUGGCCCUGAGUUUAUACCGACAGUUCUGUAAACAUCAGGAGUUGGAGACGCUGAAGGACCUUUAUAACCAGGAUGACAACCACCAGGAGCUGGGCAGCUUCCACAUCCGAGCCAGCUACACGGCAGAGGAGCAUAUCGAGGGGCGAGUUGCAGCUCUGCAGAAGGCAGCCGAAGCCUUCAACAAGGCCAAGAACGACUUUGCAGCCAAGGCCACAGAGGAUCAAAUGCGGCUCCUGCGACUGCAGCGAUGUCUAGAAGACGAGCUAGGGGGCCGGUUCUUAGACCUGUCUGUACACGACACAGUCACCACCCUCAUCCUUGGUGGCCACAACAAGCGUGCAGAGCAGGUGGCACGUGACUUCCGCAUCCCUGACAAGAGGCUCUGGUGGCUGAAGCUAACCGCCCUGGCAGAUCUGGAAGACUGGGAGGAGCUAGAGAAAUUUUCUAAGAGCAAGAAAUCCCCCAUCGGCUACCUGCCCUUUGUGGAAAUCUGCAUGAAGCAACACAACAAAUAUGAGGCCAAGAAGUAUGCCUCCCGCGUGGGUCCUGAGCAGAAGGUCAAGGCCUUGCUUCUAGUUGGGGAUGUGGCUCAGGCUGCAGACGUGGCCAUCGAGCACCGGAACGAGGCAGAGAUGAGCCUCGUGUUGUCCCACUGCACCGGAGCCACAGACGGGGCCACGGUGGACAAGAUUCAGCGGGCCCGGGCACAAGCCCAAAAGAAGUGAGGAGCCCACCUGCUCGUCUCCCCAAGCCCUGAUCCUGGCAGAAAUGUCUCUGCUCAUCUAGCUCCGACCCCAGAGCAAAGCUGAAGAGCUGGGGUGGGAGCCAGUUCUGAUUGUAAAUAAAGUUGGAAUAUUUGAGAGUGUU